GCAGGAGGCUGGUUCCCACCGAGUUAACCUCCGUUCGCUGUUCCCACCCAGGUCUGUGGGCGGGGAUCAUUGUCUGCACCAUCUGCCAGGCCGCGUGCUUCCUGGCCUUCAUCGCUCGGCUGAACUGGGAGAAAGCCUGUCAGCAGGCUCAGGUACAUGCCAACAUGAGACGACCCGUGGCCCAGGAUGGGACUUCGCUGGCUCAGGACCUACUUGGCCCAGGGGGCCCUGGGAGCCGGGGAGAGGCCGGGAUGAGAGACGCUGAGAAGAAAGACGAAGCCCCGCUGGAUCAGCAGCUGCACCAGGAAGCAGCCCCUCGGAGGCCCAGGCCCAGGCCGCCGGCCAGGCUGACUGGGAGGCAGCUGGCGCUGCGGCGGGGGCUCCUGCUGCUGGGGCUUCUGGCCGUGCUGCUGGCGGGCGUCCUGGUAAGGCAAGUCAGCCGUGCCCAUGGCUUCAAGAACUGAGAGUUCAAAGAUGUAUUUUCCAAGGAAGAAAAUGAACCAAGUAAAAACUACGUUCUAGUCCACGACAAUGACUGAGAAGUCACAUCAGAGGGAAGUUCAUCCCCCACGGCCUCUCCAAGGACCACUGUGCGGACUGCAUUCCUCCUGGCUUUGCUGUUCUGCUCACUGUUUCUUUAGAUACAAACCCAUGUGCUGAGUGCUUAAGGGCUGCUGCUAUCUGAAUUAUUUAAAAUAUGUUACAAUAUAUUUUUCCUUGUGUCUUA